AGUACUUUUCUUCAUGGGGAGGAAACCGGCGUGGGGCGACUAAGGAAGUGUGUAGUGCGGUGGUGAUUUUGAGGGACUUGCAGCCGGUCCAGCUGCAGUCACGUCGCGAUGCUGCAGUUACUCUCUCCUUCUCUAAAAGCGGUGUUGGGGAGUCCAGGGGUCCGGCUCCUGGCUUCUAGGGGGGCUCCCCGGGUACGGGCGCCCCUACAGGGCUCUCCGAGGAUCAGAGCUAGCUUAGGAAGAAGUGAAGGGUCUCGGUGUGGUUGCCAUUAUGGGCAAAAGCUCCCUCUCCUGCAAAGACAGCACAGUACUCUGUCUGAAGUAGCUUUGCAGUCUGGAAGCGGGGCAGUGUCUGCCCCGACAAAGGCUGCCAAUCGGAUUAUGGGCCGUUGGCUCUUGGGCUGCAGUGCAACAGUAGCAGGAGCAGUUAUUCUUGGUGGAGUGACUAGAUUGACAGAGUCUGGGCUGUCCAUGGUAGAUUGGCACUUGAUAAAGGAGAUGAAACCACCCACAAGCCAAGAAGAAUGGGAGGCAGAGUUCCAAAAAUAUCAGCAGUUUCCAGAAUUUAAAAUCUUGAACCAUAACAUGACCUUGCCAGUUAAGUUUAUUUGGUACAUGGAGUAUUCACACCGAAUGUGGGGACGGAUUGUGGGCCUAGCAUAUAUCCUUCCCACUGUCUACUUUUGGAGAAAGGGCUGGCUCAACCAUGGCAUGAAAGGUCGUGUUCUUACCCUCUGUGGCUUGGUCUGUUUUCAGGGACUGCUGGGAUGGUAUAUGGUGAAGAGUGGAUUAGAAGAAAAGCCAGAUUCUCAUGACAUCCCUCGAGUGAGCCAGUACCGCCUGGCUGCUCAUUUGGGCUCAGCCCUUGUCCUCUAUUGUGCCAGCUUGUGGACUGCACUCUCCCUCUUGCUUCCUCGAGACAAGUUGCUGGAAACCCGUCAGCUCCAGCAGCUGAGGCGAUUUGCUCAUGGGACAGCAGGCCUGGUUUUCCUUACAGCUCUUUCAGGGGCCUUUGUGGCAGGCCUGGAUGCCGGACUUGUAUACAACUCCUUCCCCAAGAUGGGAGAGCGAUGGAUCCCAGAGGAUCUCUUUACUUUUUCUCCGGUCCUUAGGAACGUCUUUGAGAAUCCAACCAUGGUGCAGUUUGAUCACCGAAUCCUGGGAAUCACUACAGUCACAGCCAUUACUGGGCUUUACUUCCUCUCCCGGAGAAUCCCCCUUCCUCGAAGGGCCAAAAUGGCGGUGGCAGCAUUGCUGACUGUGGCCUAUGCACAGGUGGGCUUGGGCAUUAGUACUCUACUAAUGUAUGUUCCAACUCCUUUGGCUGCAGUUCACCAGUCAGGGUCCCUGGCUUUACUCAGUGUUGCCCUUUGGCUUAUGAAUGAACUGCGGCGAAUCCCAAAGUAAUGCUCAGGGCAGCUACUUCUGGGCCACACCCAGGCUUUUGAGAACACUGUAGGGGGCAUUGGGCUUCCCCUCCCGAUGAAUUGAGGAAAUGAUGUGGGGGAUAGGUCAGAUGAUCAAGAUGAAGUUACUGGGCUGAGGAUUCUUUUUCAAACAAAACUAUUCUUCACCCCUAAGGUGAAUAGUGGUCACUUGCUUUUUAACAUGGUUGUCUAAGAACCAUCCGGGCUUUUAGGACUUUGAUUCUUUUGAUCCAGCAGUACCGCUGCUAGGUCUGUGUCCCAGAGAGAUUUAAAAAAUAAAAAUAAGAGGAAAAGAACCU